CAGCAUGCCAAUUUCGGCAAUUCAAAAAACCCCAAUAUGGUAGUAGCAGUUACUAAAUUCACGACUAAAAAUGUUCAAAAUUCACACAAUAGCCCUCUACUGCCAUGAGAAAGUGUCAGGAAUUCCUUGCAGAUUAUCAACGAGGAGAACUCAGAUGGAGAGACUCCGAGGGUUCAUCCAAAAAGUCGAGCUACUCAAAAUGUUGCGAAGUAUCUUCCAAAAAUAGACCCUGAGGAAUUCAUUCAACUUGAGACUAUCAAUUCACCAAAGGUGAGGCAGAAGGAGUCGGAAACUAGCAUCAUGAGUUUUGCUGAAGGGAAAUAGCAAAACUUUUACUGAUAAAGCUUCAGAUGCUAGAUUGGUCAAGAAACUUGACUAUUUUUACUCACCAUAUCUGAAAGAGAACAAGACAAACCCGGAUUCCAGUCCCAAUAAAAAGGGAAAAUUUCGUAGAAUGAAUGUGAAACUCAGAAAACUUAAUUUCAGCAGUAAAAGGAUCGAAAGCAUGAAGAUAAAGCCUUCGUCGAAUAAUUUUGCUAACUUGACCAUUGACUCCAGGAUCCAGAACUAUAAGCCUGUGUUAGGAUCGACUGAUAUAAAAGUAGAGAGAUUCGAUCAGACAAUGGAGAGUAUAUGGUCUCCUCCUACAAAAACUUUAUCGGGACUAGGCCCGAAGAAGACUUACUUACUCCCUACUUCUUCGAAGAAUCUUAUGAUAGAGAAAGAUUCGGACAAAAGCAUUGAAGAAGGUUUUAAGGACCAAAGCGAAUCAGACUUCUUCCAGAUGGAACAGACUGUCCGCAAUGAUGUAUUAAAGCAGUCUAGUGCGAGCUCGCAUCUCUCCUCAAUAUCCUCCUGUUCAUACACUUCUUCAAAGAUUUCCCAACAUUUUGAGUUCAAGAUUAGUGUAAAAGGGAGUGACAGGGAUGGCCUUAGAAAGAAUAGUGGAGAUGCUCAAGACUCUCUGGACAAAAGCCCUGACCUAGAUCAACAUCCAAAGAGACUGAAGCGGAGCUCAACUCUGAAAGUUAAGAAAACCGCUUUAGCUACUUUUAACAGAAAGAAAACUAUUGCUUUCAAGAGUAGUUUCCUUUCUAAUAAAACUAAUGUAGGUUUGAGUAGACUAAAGGCUAGUUCGAAAACAUCAUCAGCAAUUGCGAAUCAAAAGAAUUCCGUUAAGGAGGAGGACUCUGAGAGAAAGUCAUGGUAUCAGAAAUAACUAUCUCAAAAGACAAAGUACACUUCUUAACCAAAAUUUUAAGUCCAACUUGUUGGCUCCAUCAAUGAACUCUCCUAAUGUGACUCCUGAUAGAAAAGAUGAUCCUGUAACUUUCAAACCUCGAGUGUCUAUCUCUGGUCUCAGGAAUGAUCUAGAUAAAGGGGAGUCUAGGAUGAAGUCACUCAUUCUCUUUAGUAGGACAUUAAACAAGGAGAAUGACCAUCAAAAUAACUUGGACAACAAGUCAAACGGGAAAUAUAAUGCCCUCAAAGAGAUAAAACACCAGCUUGAAGAAGAGCUUCAGGAUACUGAAGAAGAUGAUGAAAAAGAAGAGAAAGAUUCUAAGAUUACAGAUAAAGUUUCAAGAAAAGUCUCUUCAUUUAGGAAGGAUCCUCGCUCUAUUCCUCUUAGUAGUACCAAAAUCUUGGAAACUGAUUCAAGGUCUUCUUCAUGUUCUUCUAAACAAAAAUCAAAGGAAAACUUCCAGCUUACGAACAAGACUUUGACUAUUUCUAAAUAAGCCAAAUCCCGUGAAGACUAACCUAAGGAUGUUGAGCUUGAUUAAGAAGAGACGCAGAAAGUUGAACUCGAUGUCUCCAUUGAAAAUCAUCCCAAAGCCUUGCUUUCCAACCCCGAUUGCUACACUUGAUCAAGCACGUGAAAAGGGUAGUGGCAAGGUAUGUGACCUUGCCAGUAUCUUUCCUGCCGCAAGGAAUAUGAAAAGACUGUUCUCCCCACAACCUAGGGAGAGGAAGACCUCUCCCAAGAGGAAAAUCAAACUACUGAGAGAAAAUAAAAGUCCUUCUUUGAAACAUGCAAAAAUUCGGCCUAAAAGGCUCCAUAGCAACUUUGUGUCAUACAAGAAGAAGCUGAGACCCACCAAGCAAAAUAUGACUAGAAAUAUAAGGUUUCUUAGUCCAGAACCAUACACCUCUCCAAUAAGUCCCAAACUAAAAACAAUCUUGAUUCAAAAGAAGCGUGUGAGUCCACAAAAGUUGUUCAAGAGGAACCAGAAUUUGGACAUGUUUGUUCCUAAUUCCAGACUGUAUGUACUAAAUCCCUCAAAGACACUGGCAUAGUUUGAAAUCUGAACUUGCCGCCAAGCUACCACGAGUAAAUUUUCAUUAUUU